UGCGUUUCGUGUGAGGCUUUGCUGUUGCCCGCUUAACUGCCGACAUGGCGCUGGUUGGGCUUGCGGUGUCCAGAGCCGUGUUGCCGGCAGUUGGUGGGCUAACGAGGCCGAGGCGGCUGACGCGCCUCGCUGCCGGGUUCUUGCUUCGCAGGCACGCGGCGCAUUUCACUUUCCAGCCAGACCCAGAGCCCACCCGGCAUGGCCAGACACAAAAAAUGAAUCUUUUCCAGUCUAUAACAAGUGCCUUGGAUAAUGCCUUGUCCAGAGAUCCAACUGCAGUAGUAUUUGGUGAAGAUGUAGCCUUUGGUGGAGUCUUCAGGUGUACUGUUGGCUUGAGAGACAAAUAUGGUAAAGACAGAGUUUUUAAUACUCCGUUAUGUGAACAAGGAAUUGUAGGAUUUGGCAUUGGAGUUGCAGUCACUGGGGCUACAGCUAUUGCGGAAAUUCAGUUUGCUGACUACAUUUUCCCUGCCUUUGAUCAGAUUGUUAAUGAGGCAGCAAAGUAUCGGUAUCGCUCUGGAGAUCUCUUCAACUGUGGGAGUCUCACAAUAAGAGCACCUUGGGGUUGUGUGGGUCAUGGUGCAUUGUAUCAUUCUCAAAGCCCAGAAGCCUUUUUUGCCCAUUGUCCUGGACUAAAGGUUGUUAUUCCAAGAAGUCCUAUUGAAGCCAAAGGACUACUACUGUCAUGCAUAGAAGAUAAAAACCCUUGUAUAUUUUUUGAGCCUAAAAUAUUGUACAGAGCAGCAGUGGAACAAGUUCCUGUGGAGCCGUACUACAUUCCACUUUCUCAAGCAGAAGUGCUACAGAAUGGAAGUGAUGUUACUCUGGUGGCUUGGGGCACACAGGUUCAUAUUAUCAAGGAGGUAGCAGUUAUGGCACAAGAAAAACUUGGUGUAUCCUGUGAAGUAAUUGAUCUGAAGACUAUUCUACCUUGGGAUGCAGAGACUGUAUGCAAGUCCGUGGCAAAGACUGGACGAUUACUAAUCAGCCAUGAAGCCCCUCUUACAGGAGGUUUUGCAUCUGAAAUUAGCUCCACAGUUCAGGAGGAGUGUUUCUUGAAUCUAGAGGCUCCUAUUUCAAGGGUCUGUGGUUAUGAUACUCCAUUCCCUCAUAUUUUUGAACCAUUCUAUAUCCCAGACAAAUGGAAAUGCUAUGAUGCUCUUCGGAAAAUGAUUAAUUAUUAAACAGGUGGGAAGAAAAAGAAAAUGCAGUAAUUUACUGACCUGUUUGCAUAAGAAGUCAGUUUUCUGUAUUUAAGGGGAAAGAACUAUGUGAUAUCCUCAAAUUUAUUAUUAUGCAUACUUAUCUUGGCUUUCAUCAAAAAGCCCUAAAUUUCUGCCAGCUGUGAAAUCAAGAAUGGACAAAUAAUUGCUGUAAAAUAUAGUUUGAUCUUAAAUCUUUGCACAUAAUUAGACUGCUAAAAUUAUUACCAUAUAAUUGCACUCAAUAAAGAUGCUGUAAUCUUGAAACCUUUCAUCUGCAUUUUUGCCUUAAUUGAUAAAUCUAGGUUUACAAUGCUUUUAGAUAGCAUGUAUAUAAAACUGAAAUGGCAGUAGUUGUACACUUUGGAUUCUAAUCUUCUCUGUUCACAGUCAUGUUUUUUUGGUGGUUCCCCCUCAUGGGGCAGACCCCUACUUUACUCUCUCUGCUGAUCCUCAGGCGUCAGGGACACUACGUCAAAAUUUGAGGGGCACAACAGGCUGUAGUAGAAGAGAUGCAGGAAAUUUCCACAUCAUCCACUAUUGAUCCACUUAUUCUAGAUAGGAUCCACCCUUUUUUUAAUUAAGAACCCUUUGUGAGAUCAUUGGCAAACCAGUAAUUUAUUUUAAAGCCAAGUUUAAAUUAAAUUAUAAGAUGACUUGUGGUAUCAAGUGUAUCAUAAUUAAUAGUAAAAUGCAUACAGCUCCAAGUCUGUGAAUUUUAAAAUGGUGGGGGAUGGGGCAACCAAGGCCGAGCUGUCUACACAUUAUAAAUAUAAUAGAUAGGUAGUAUGAUGUGAGGUGACAACACACACUCUUCAUUACAUGCACAGGUAUGAGAGCUCUAGGAGCCCAAUGCUUAUAUUGAAGGUGCACAUCUUAUCUUAUUAGAACAUUUUCACUCUGCCUUUCUUGGUGGUUCAAGCCAGCUUACAAUAGUAGAUUAAAACAUUUACAGUUAAAAUCAAAAUAACCCACAAAUCCUCCCUCCCCUCCACUAUUCAACUCAAACGCCCCAGCAAACAGGCAUUGCAGCGCCUCCUGAAGAUCAUCAAGGUGGGGACUCCCUCACCUCUUGGGUAGCCCAUUCCAUAGAGCAGGGGCCACAAUAGAAAAAGCCUGAGCUCUGGUUAGUAUCAGGGAGGCCACCUUAAGAGGUGGGAUUGCCAAUAGAGGGCUGCUUGAAGGCCACAGUUGGCACACAGGAACAUAUAGAAAGAGAUAGUCCAAAUAUGUGGGUCUGAGGUUGUGAAGGGCUUUAAAUGUCAUAAUCAGUACCUUGAAUUGAAUUUGGAAACAGACUGGCAACCAAUGUAAUUAUUGAGAAAGGAAGAAAUAACUUUAUGGUAGCUAGUCAUGAAAUGACUGGUUUUGAAGGCCUGUUCGAGGAUACAUAUAUCUGACAUGAGGGUAGAUUGACGUGUAAUGGGAAAAUGGCUUUCUGUAAUUUUUCUGAUAUAUAGUAAAAAUUUAGGAAGUAGUUAUUCAUGGAAUGUAUCCAUUACUUGUAUGGAUUUGAAAGUGCUUCAGCUAAUACUUCUAUCCAGUUAAAAGUUGGAAUACUUCUUUAUGUUUUACAGUUGAAAAGUCUAAUGAAAUACUCUGUGUUCUUUAAGUCUCAAGACAGAUAAGUUGUGGGUAACACCACUUUAACUUGUAUUAACAUAUUUGGGAGUGUCUUAGCCUUUGAAAUCUAAUUAAUUAUGCCUUUUUAUUAUGUUUUUUUAAGCAUAAAACGUUACAUUGUAUAGCAAAUACUAAACAUUGCAUUAUCUCAGUACACCAAAAUAUUUAAUUUUUAUUUAUAUAUGGUUUUGAUGAUGUCCUAUAUUUUCCCUGCAUUUUUAAAAAGAAUCGGUCUUAAUUGAUAGUUGCAAAUCAUUUAAAUUAACAUGAUGCUCUCUCAAAUCCUUGUCUAGAUGGCAGUGUUCACCUAUUCAACCUGUACUUGUGGAUAAAUGCCUUUUAAAUUUGCUUGCCACACAAAAGAUGUUUACUAGUAGAGGUUAAAAAGGUAUAGCAUAUAAAAAUGAAAUACUUGUUUAGGAAGCAAAAAGCAAAAUAUAUCAUUAUAUUUUAAACAAUAUCCUGUACCCCUUAAAUGUUUUAGAAGGUAAAAUCUUAAGUAAGCAUAACAUGUAUAUUCUGGUUAUUUAACAUUCAUUGUAAAAUAAAUCAUGUAAAUAUA